UCCGGGCCAGCUUAUUUUGGACUGAAAGCCAAUCCCUGGCCUGUCCCUGGCCUCCCUAGUGUGGCCACAACACCCUGUGAUUCUGUCAUCGCCUCUCCCACUUCCAGCCUGCUGCCCAGCGCCUCCGUAAGCAAACUGCCCAGCUGUUUGACGGGAGCCCAAGGCACAAGUCCCAGAGGUUUCAGUCCGUGGUUGGCUGGCUCCAAAGCACAAACACAUAGCAGAAGCCAGUGGCGGAGGAAUGCUGCUCACGUCGUGGCAUCUGGGAAGCAGAGAGCGGGCUGAGAGCCAGAGAGCAAGGACCGUCUGAGAUAGAGUCCCCACGAUCCUCUUCAUCCGAGUGGGCACCAUCUCCUACGCAUCCAUUCACCUCUGAGCCCACUGCUGGGCUGACCACCGACAAGGUCGAUCCCACUCACCUCUUGGGAGUCUUCUCAUCAGUUAGGCUGACAUCCAGAAACUGAGCUGUCAGUCACUGCGGAGUUAGUGCCUACCUCACCGUGGAACAUUUCCAGUGAUCUUGACAAAGAUUCCUACCUGACCCUCAAUGAGCCCAUGAACAACAUCACCACGUCGCUGGGGCAGACGGCGGAGCUGCACUGCAAGGUCUCGGGGAGUCCGCCUCCCUCCAUCCGCUGGUUCAAGAACGAUGCCCCUGUUGUGCAAGAGCCGCGAAGGGUCUCCUUCCGGGCAACCAGCUACGGCUCUCGGCUGCGGAUCCGGAACCUGGACACCACCGACACCGGCUACUUCCAGUGCGUGGCUACCAAUGGCAAGAAGGUGGUUUCUACCACCGGAGUCCUGUUCGUCAAGUUUGGGCCCCCUCCUACGGCAAGUCCAGGAUCUUCGGACGAGUACGAGGAGGACGGAUUCUGCCAGCCCUACAGAGGCAUUGCGUGCGCCCGGUUCAUUGGCAACCGCACAGUCUACAUGGAGUCUCUGCACAUGCAGGGGGAGAUAGAAAACCAGAUCACAGCCGCCUUCACCAUGAUCGGCACCUCCAGCCACUUAUCUGACAAGUGUUCCCAGUUUGCCAUCCCCUCCCUGUGCCACUACGCCUUCCCCUACUGCGACGAAACCUCAGCCGUCCCGAAGCCCCGAGACUUGUGCCGCGACGAGUGUGAGAUCCUGGAGAACGUGCUGUGCCAGACGGAGUACAUUUUCGCGAGAUCGAACCCCAUGAUUCUCAUGAGGCUGAAGCUGCCCAACUGUGAAGACCUCCCCCAGCCGGAGAGCCCGGAGGCCGCGCACUGCAUCCGCAUCGGCGUCCCCAUGGCCGAUCCCAUCAACAAAAAUCACAAGUGCUACAACAGCACGGGGGUGGACUACCGCGGCACAGUGAGCGUGACCAAGUCAGGGCGCCAGUGCCAGCCCUGGAAUUCCCAGUACCCCCACACGCACACCUUCACCGCCCUCCGCUUCCCUGAGCUCAAUGGAGGCCACUCCUACUGCCGCAACCCCGGGAACCAGAAGGAAGCCCCCUGGUGCUUCACCUUGGACGAGAACUUCAAGUCCGACCUAUGCGACAUCCCAGCCUGCGACUCGAAAGAUUCCAAGGAGAAGAAUAAGAUGGAAAUCCUGUACAUCCUGGUGCCAAGCGUGGCCAUUCCCCUGGCGAUCGCUUUCCUCUUCUUCUUUAUCUGCGUCUGCCGCAAUAACCAGAAGUCAUCAUCACCACCAGUGCAGAGGCAGCCGAAACACGUCAGGGGCCAGAACGUGGAGAUGUCCAUGCUGAACGCGUACAAGCCCAAGAGCAAGGCCAAAGAGCUGCCGCUGUCCGCGGUGCGGUUCAUGGAGGAGCUGGGCGAGUGCGCCGUGGGGAAGGUGUACAAGGGCCACCUCUACCUCCCGGGCAUGGACCACGCCCAGCUGGUGGCCAUCAAGACCCUGAAGGACUGCAACAGCCCGCAGCAGUGGGCCGAGUUCCAGCAGGAGGCCUCGCUGCUGGCCGAGCUGCAGCAUCCCAACGUCGUGUGCCUGCUGGGCGCCGUCACGCAGGAGCAGCCGGUGUGCCUGCUCUUCGAGUUCCUCAACCAGGGCGACCUGCGCGAGUUCCUCAUCAUGCGCUCCCCGCACUCCGACGUGGGCUGCAGCAGCGACGAGGACGGCACGGUGCGGUCCAGCCUGGACCACGGCGACUUCCUGCACAUCGCCGUGCAGAUUGCUGCGGGCAUGGAGUACCUGUCGGGCCGCUUCUUCGUGCACAAGGACCUGGCGGCCCGCAACGUCCUCAUGGGCGAGCAGCUGCACGUCAAGAUCUCGGACCUCGGGCUGUCCCGCGAGAUCUACUCCGCCGACUACUACCGGGUGCAGAGCAAGGCGCUGCUGCCCAUCCGCUGGAUGCCCCCCGAGGCCAUCGUGUACGGCAAGUUCUCCUCCGACUCCGACAUCUGGUCCUUCGGCGUAGUGCUGUGGGAGAUUUUCAGCUUCGGACUCCAGCCCUACUACGGGUUCAGCAACCAGGAAGUGAUCGAGAUGGUGCGGAAGCGGCAGCUGCUGCCGUGCUCCGAGGACUGCCCGCCCCGCAUGUACAGCCUCAUGACCGAGUGCUGGAACGAGGUCCCCUCCCGGAGGCCCCGGUUCAAGGACAUCCACGUGCGCCUGCGCUCCUGGGAGGGGCUGUCCAGCCACACCAGCUCCACCACGCCCUCGGGGGGCAACGCCACCACGCAGACCACCUCCCUCAGCGCCAGCCCGGUGAGCAAUCUCAGCAACCCCAGGUUCCCCGGCUACAUGUUCCCGAGCCAGGGCCUCCCCGCGCAGGGCCAGAUCACGGGCUUCAUCGGCCCCCCAAUACCUCAGAACCAGCGCUUCAUCCCCAUCAACGGGUACCCGAUACCUCCGGGGUACGCGGCCUUCCCGGCCGCCCACUACCAGCCCACGGGGCCCCCCAGGGGGAUCCAGCACUGCCCCCCUCCCAAGAGCCGCUCCCCGAGCAGCGCCAGCGGCUCCACCAGCACGGGCCACGUGACCAGCCUGCCCUCCUCGGGGUCCAACCAGGAAGCCAACAUCCCGCUCCUGCCGCACCUGUCCCUGCCCAGCCACCCCGGCGGGAUGGGCCUCGCGGUGUUCGGCAGCAAAUCCCAGAAACCCUACAAGGUAGACUCCAAGCAGCCCUCUCUGCUGGGAGACCCCGGCGUUCACGGGCACAGCGAGUCUAUGAUUUCCGCAGAACUGUAAAGGGUGCACCUUCUUGUAAAUGUGGUAUGCGGGACGAGCUAGGAAGCUGGAGAAAAGAUUUCUAUUCAAAUGUUUUUAUUGAGUAGGGCUCUCAUUUAGCAGACGUUGCAACAAGUAUCUUCUGUGAAGUUUAGCUGUGUCUUACCCGGCAAAAUGGGCACCAGCCAGGAAGACACCGGCUGGGAUCCACGAUUGGUCUCCAGUGCCGAAAACUGAACCAGCCAAGAGGCGAACCCUGUGAGGAAGCGUCAACCCAAAAAGGAAAGUCCACGGUGCUGUGUGUGCCUGGCCAUGCCCGGGCUCUCCCUGAAAUGUGUAUACCGUAGCCCGGUCUGCCUGCUGUCCCUCCUCCAGGACGAGAGUUCGGGAAUGAUACUGAUUCGAUUCAGACUCUGCAGUGUCUGUACAGAAAAGAUGUUCAGAAGCCACAAGGAGUUGGUAAACCAAGUUCACAGUCCAGGAUGGAAGUGAGCCAUAGCGCAAGUGCCCUGGAGCGCCUGUGUGGGGGCUUCUGGGGGUGCCCUGUGUGCCUCUGUGGAGACCUCCUCUUCUGCUCGUGAAGCCUCUCCCACACUGUCCCUUGUCACUGUGUUUACAUGAGCCCUCCCGUUAUACAGGGCACAGGACCCAAAGCAGGCUUGAGGUGGCUGCUGGAAGUGAUUGUCGAUCGACUGUUCACCUCACUGAGGCAGCAAAGGAAGCACAGUCUGGAAACAGGUCCCUGAGCCGAGAUCAGCAGCCCUGGGGCAAGGGCAGGGACAGGAGUCUCCAGGGGACUUUGCAGGUGCCUCCCCAGAGCAGUAACAUUGACGGGGAGGUGCGGCUGCAUACCAGAGCAGCAUAUCUGCAGCCACCGGCAAGGGCCCAAGGGUCCCUGGCAUCAGUCACUGUCCCCAGACAGGGUGCCAGGGAGGGCACCAAUAACCAGGAAACAGCCUCACUUUUUAUCUGUGCUAGAAAUGUUCACAGAUUUUAUUCCAACCCCCCAAUUCAUAACGAUUUAUUCGUAGUUAGUUGUCCAACGACAGUAUGCCCUGUCUCACAAAACAUUACAGUCAUUCUACCAAACAACACCUGGGUUCUCAUUUCAAAGACUACCGAGAGCUGAAUUCUUUGGGCCGGUAAACAAGCAACACGAUCCUUUCCACCUUUGCCCGAGGGAGGUACCGAAUGUGCCUCUCCUGGCAUCUGCCUGCUGCCUCUCUGGGCCAAGUUUAGAAUUCUCAUGGCCUUCAAGUUCUAUAUAGAAAGGAAUUUUAUAUUUGAUGUUUGUCCUGUUAAAAACAACAGCUCCUUUAUUCUAAAAACAAUGUCUCCUGGUCUCAUUUUUACUUUAAAGCUGUAAGAGAGGAAGAGACAGGAUCCACAGUAAUUCCUGGAUAUGGUAUCUUGUGAGCAGAAUGUAAGAUCAUGGGAAACCCCUUCAUGUUUCCAGUUUUUAAAAAUACAAUUAACAUGAAAAUUCAAGGCAGUCUGUUUACCAAAAUGUGUUGCAACUUUCCCCAGCCUGAGUCUUCAGACAACAAGCAUGAACUUGUAGGUAGUGAACUCAGAAGAAUUGGCUGCGUUCAGAUUUACUGGAAGAUACACUGAUAGUCAGAGGUUACAUUUUUUAACUUUAGGUAAAGGAGAAUAUUUGAAUCCUUUUGUUGCUAUGCAACUGUUUAAUGAUGAAGCUCCAAACCAUAAUUUUAUCAUACGACAAUCUAUCAUUUUCCAAGAAUAUUUAUUAUUUUUAAGUAAACAGCUUUAGUGAAUCUGAGCAUCCCUUAAAGGGAAAUUAGCAUUCCGUGAGCCAGUAAAAUACUUCUCUGAAAAACAUUCUCAUGGUUAAAAGUAAAUUCAAGUUAGUUUUUAAAUAAAGAACUAUAACUUUUUUAAACACUUUGUAAUAACUGAAAUCAUUAAGGUAAGCAAACUAAAUUUCAAAACCACUUGUAAUAAUGUAUUUUCUAACAGCACUGUGAUACUGAAAAACACAGUCUCUUUGUAUUAAAUAGUAUUUUUUCCACAGACUGAAAAAAAUAUCUUUUGCCUUGUUGACAAUGUUUUGUAA